ACAUUUCUGCCUGAACGAAUUCCGCGAAUCGCGUUCUGGAGUGUAGAUCAUGAUAUUAUCUCAGCAAACCAUAUUAAACCGACUUUUACAACACGAACUCUUGUUUUAGGAUUGUUACAAUUCCACAGUGCAACUAUUUUAUAGAACUGGUGUAUGCUUAAAAAUACAAGUGUUUAAAUAGCAUGUAGUCACAGAUUUCCACAGAGAUAGAAUCCGAUUCGCACUGUGCCGCCAAAUCUUACUAAGUUACUGGCAUAUCCAAGCAUUAGCAGAUAUCUGUCUUUAGGGGGCGCAAUGGCACCUUACAUCUUCUGCCGUGCUUCAUGAUGGGUUUGCUUGCUUUGUCUUCUGUUUAAGGCAGGUUGACUCACUCUUGGGCUUAAUUCGAGUCAUAUGUUCGCGGCAGUGUGUUUUUUGGCAGCGCUGUGUCAUGACUUGGGAAAAAUAAGAUAUUCACUUCUGCUGGAUCCUCAUCAAAUUCCGACAAACUUAUACUCCGAACAAGUCCACGUAUCAUUGAUUUAUGGAAUGAGAUUUUUUUAACCAAACGGGAUAAAAUAUUUCUCGUUGUCACGUUGUCAUGAAAUGGGAGGAUGUACUGUCUGAGAUAAGACUCCAGUCGAGAACGCUUCCUGACCCAGCAAGCUGAAUCUGUAUCGCCAGCCUGAGGCAUACCCACCAUGAACACACUACCUCCUAUCCGAAAAGAUCGUAUCAUCACCCAGCUCCCUCCGUGUUUCACAAAAGAGGCAGCUUUGCACACCAAUGACAGCUUUGACGGCAAGGUGACGAGCGCCUGCCAUGAGCAGAGGCUGACCGGGGCAGGGUUUACCAUCUCCAAGGUCAUCGUGGUGGGUGAUGUGGCUGUGGGAAAGACCUGCCUCAUUAGCAGGUUCUGCAGGGACACCUUUGACAAGGGCUACAAAGCGACCAUAGGGGUGGACUUUGGGAUGGAAAGGUUUGAAGUGCUGGGCGUUCCCUUCAGCCUGCAGCUGUGGGACACGGCUGGCCAGGAGAGGUUCAAGUGCAUCGCCUCCACUUACUACAGAGGAGCUCAGGCCAUGAUAAUUGUGUUUGACGUGAACAACGCAGCUUCUCUGGACCAUGCGAGGCAGUGGCUGGAGGAGGCAAUGAAGGAGAACGAUCCUUCCAGCAUGCUUCUCUUCCUGGUGGGCACCAAGAAGGACCUGCGGCCUCCGGAUGAGUUCUCCGAGAUUGAACAGGAAGCUAUCAAGCUGGCGGAAGAGAUUAAAGCAGAAUACUGGGCUGUGUCGGCAUUGUCAGGGGAGAGUGUGAGGGACUUCUUCUUCCGCGUGGCAUCGCUCACCUUUGAAGCCAGCAUACUCGCCGAGCUGGAGAAGACGGAGUCCCGGCGCGUUGGCGACAUCGUCCGUAUAACAAGCAACUCAGACAAUGUGGACAUCAAGCUGAAGAAGCAGGCCCCCUGCUGUCAGUGAUGAGGAGAAGCGGUCAGUCUUCAGUCAGUCACGUUCAAGAUGUCUGCCGCCACAAGGCCCUGGCAGUCAGCACUGGAAAAUGAACGUGCUACGAAGGGAAGUCAGAGAAGAGGGAAUUACUAUCAGCAUUUCGGCCUUGAACUCCCCCUUCCCCCUCCUCACCACUACAGCUCAACACCCUUGGGAGGUUCUGUGUCUGAGGCAUAGAGCCCAGCCUUUGUAUGAUCAGUGCACAGGGCAGGCAUGCAUUCAUGCUUGUGACAGUGUGUUUUGCACAGAUAGGGGAGCAUGUGAUUUCCUGUAACCCUUUCAUGUCAGGGCUGCAUUGGCCUGCAGCAGGGGAUGCAUAAUGUGCCCCUUCAAAAUACAGGGCUGCCUGUAACCAUGACAGCAGUUAUUUCACUCCUACACGUUCUGCAACUCCAUGCGUGGUUGAGAUCAUCCACAGGGUGUCUUCGCAAAAUUCAUCGUACAAACUCCCACUAUAAAAUAACAUCGCAGGACAGAGCUUGUCUGGUUCACCGGGGAAUCAUACGUUCUUUUCACUUUAUUUGCCUGUUGAGCUUAAAAUCAAGGUUAUUCGAGUUUAUGUCCUAAAAAGCCUUCUCAAAAUGUUAAAUCGUUAUCACUGAAAAACAAUGGCAUAUUUGUUUUUGCAGACAACCAUGUUACAUUGUUUAAUAAGAAACAGACUCCCACUAGUUAAUGGAAUAAACCCAGCAGGACCAA